AUGGCACCUGUCCAAUCCAAGACGCAGGCCACUGGCUUGGGAAACCGAAACCUCUUGGACAAGAUCGACAAGUUGAGAGAACUCGGAAUAGCCAGGCAGAUUGCUCUUCCUCAGCUCGUCGUCGUAGGAGACCAGUCCUCUGGAAAGUCAAGCGUUCUCGAGAGCCUCACUGGAUACUACUUCCCCCGAUCUGUCGGUCUUUGCACUCGUCACGCCACCGAGAUUGUCUGUCGUCGAGAAAACACGCCCGGCAUCGUCGUUACCAUUCAGCCUGCCGAUGCCACCUCGGAGAGGACCGAGCUUGCCAGAUCGUUCCGACGUGAGCUGAAGGAACUCAAGGGACAGGCGUUUGCGGAUGUUCUUCGGGAAGCUGCCAGGGUGAUGGGCUUGAAAAGCGAUGAGAACUCCGAAGGUGCUGCCUUCAGCAAGGAUGUUCUUCGCGUUGAGAUUUGCGGCCCCAACGAGGAGCACUUAACAAUCAUCGACGUUCCUGGCGUUUCGACAGCCAGAGAUGUUGCCUUGGUCAAGUCCAUGGUAAAAGAUUAUAUCAAGGAUUCCAGAACCAUCAUCCUCGCAGUCAUCCCUUGUAACGUGGAUGUCGCAACCCAGACCAUUCUGACCUAUGCUGCUGAAGCUGAUCCCGAGGGCAAGCGCACUCUGGGUGUCCUCACAAAGCCGGACCUCGUCAGCGAGAACGCCACCCGCGAGGCAGCGAUGGAUCUCGUUCGAGGUAAGAGACGAGACAUCCAGCUGGGAUACUACGUUGUCAAGAAUCGCGGCGCCGACGACUCUUCGUCCAGUAAAAAGGACCGGGAUUCCGACGAGAAGAUAUUCUUUGCUGAGGAGCCCUGGUCUCGACUCGACCAGUCUCGCUUGGGAAUACCGGCGUUGCGUAUCCGAUUGCGAGGACUACUUAUGGACCGGACCAAGAGCGAGUUUCCCAAGGUCAGACGUGAGAUCAAUGACCGUCUUGCCGAGGCAAAGGCCAAGCUUGAGGAUCUCGGGCAGCCCCGAAGCAACGCUGAUGAGCAGCGAGCUUACCUCGGCAAGAUUGUGAGUCGCUUCACCGAGUUGAAGAACUUCGGCGUGGAUGCCUAUUAUACGGGCGAUCCCAUCUUUGACAAGCAUCCAGAGUUUCGCCUUGCCACUCGCAUUCGCGAGAUGAACACGGCUUUCUCGUCGAUGUUCUUCAAGAGCGCGCACACCCGCAGUUUUGAUGACCUUGCCGAUGAUGAGGUUGAGGUCAAGGUCAAGGCUAAGGCCGCCCACAUUCCAGACGAUGGUGAGGAUGGAGAUGCUACAAGAAACGACCUCUACCGUAUCGCAUUCACAGUGCCAGCUGAUGUGUAUGGUGAGCUUGAUACAGUCCUGACGGACCCUUGCAAAUGUCCUCCUCCUUUGGAUGAUAGCAUCAUGAAGCAUCUUCAGCAAUUGUAUCUCAUGUCUCGCGGCUUUGAGAUGGGCACUUUCAGCAGCCACAUGCUGCCCACGGCCUUCAAGGAGCAGUCCCGGAAGUGGGAGUCAAUCACCUUGGCCCACGUCAGCAACGCGAUUCUCGUCGUUCACCAUUUCAUCUACGGCGUGGUCAAAGAGUCUUGCGGUGAUGAUCAAGUCCUUGAGGCGCUCUGGUCCUCGAUUGUGGAGCAUCUGACUGCCAGAUACCAGGUAGCGAUGGACCAGGCGAAGCUGUUGAUCCAUGUCGAGAGAGAGGGCCGCUCAAUCACUUACAAUCCGGCCUUUGACAGAGCUCUCAACAAGGUCAAGGCUGACAGGUCCGCCAAGAAGUUCGACGAGCUCAAGAUUUGCCUUGAUCUCGGCUCCGGACCGACUGAUGUAAUCCGGUACAGCGACUUGAAGAAGGAAGUGGCUCACGAAGAAGGCACCAGCGCGACUAGUUGCGUCAUUCAUGAUGUUCUGCAGAGCUAUUAUGAGGUUGCCAGUGCUCGCUUCUCGGACAUGAUCUGCACCCAGAUUGUCGACUACUUCCUUCUUGGCGCAGAGAAUAGUCCUUUGAACGUUCUGUCGGCAAAUCGCAUCUUUGAGAUGACGGCUGAGCAGUUGGAGAUGGUUGCGGGCGAAGACACCGUGAGCAAGUCUUCUCGUGAGGAUUUGAAGAACGACAUCAUACUCUUUGAGCAGGGAAGAAAUGUUCUCCGCACUUAAUGUAGGAUGGCCUG